AAAAAUGAUGUUUCAUCGUUUCUAAAGUGCAAUGCUAUUGGACGUUACUAAAUGCGUAUAAUAUUGACCAAUAAUCGUAAGUAUUAAAAAAAGUAAAAUACUCUAAUUUGUGCAGCGUGAAUUGGCGUAAACGCGUUAUACCAAGUGAGUCUUGUGAAAAGUAUUUUUUUAGAUCAAAAAAUGUGGCAAUAUUUCUUGUUACGUUGACGAGUUGUUAUCGUUAGUACGAUACUCUUGAAAGUAUUACAAAGUUAACGUAGAUUCAGGACUAUAUAUACGGUGUUAUGCUAUAAUAUAUGACGAAUAUACAUUGACAAUACAUUCACGCUAAUUCGCUAUCCAUUUUUCUAAACGGUUGGUAGAAUUUAUGCGUUUGAUGUGCGGUAGUCUGGCGACGGCGUCCGUUUGUAGGAAAGAAGAAAAGAAGAGGAUUCCUUUGUCGGAAUCGAAGUUGACCUUCUGUGUUUGAAAAUCAAAGAAGAUCAGGAAUCGGUAAAUUUGGUAUAUUUGAGAAUUCAGCAAGCUUAUUGAGAACUCCAUUUUUCUUCCCCCGAUUUUCCUAUAAAUUUAUUUGCAUCUCAUCGUAGAGUUUUUUCUUUUCUGUAAAGUGGAAGAAUAACAGUGGUACAUAGAACAAUUGAGGGGCUCCCAUCCUCGGGAGCUUCAGCGCCUCGGCGCUUAAGCAGUGAUAGGAAAAAAAAGGAAGAAAUUACGGAAGGGGGAAGGUUAAGAGGACGGCAGGAAAAGGAAGACGCGCCGCCGUCCAUCAUCAUGAAGCUCGUCGACCACGUGGUGAGAAGCUUCAAGGUGGCCAAAGUCUUCCGAGAGAAUUCCGAUCGUAUAAACAGUAUCGAUUUCUCGCCAAAUGGAGAUACACUUAUCUCCUGUUCAGAGGAUGAUCAAAUUGUUAUAUAUGACUGCGAGAAGGGCACUCAAGUCCGCACAGUCAAUUCUAAGAAAUAUGGUGUCGAUUUGAUUCAUUUCACUCACGCCAAAAAUACUGCCAUCCACAGCAGUACCAAAGUAGAUGAUACCAUUCGAUAUCUAAGUUUGCAUGACAAUAAGUACAUACGAUACUUCCCUGGUCAUACUAAGAAAGUUGUAUCACUUUGCAUCAGUCCUAUAGAGGAUACAUUCCUUUCCGGAUCAUUGGAUAAGUCCUUGAGGCUUUGGGAUUUACGCUCACCAAAUUGUCAUGGUGUUAUGAAUGUUUCUGGACGCCCAGUUGCUGCAUAUGAUCCUGAAGGUUUAAUCUUUGCUGCUGGAGUAAAUUCAGAGAGUAUUAAGCUAUAUGAUUUACGCAGUUUUGAUAAAGGACCUUUUGUGACCUUCAGACUUUCUCAGGAGAAGGAAUGCGAUUGGACUGGAUUGAAAUUCAGUAGAGAUGGUAAGACCAUUCUGAUAUCGACGAAUGGUAGUACAAUUCGCUUGGUUGAUGCUUUUCAUGGAACUCCAUUACAAACUUUUGCUGGUUAUUUAAAUAACAAAGGCAUCGCAAUAGAGGCCAGCUUUAGUCCAGAUUCACAAUUUGUAUUUAGUGGCUCAACGGAUGGUAGAGUACAUGUAUGGAAUGCAGAAACUGGAUACAAGGUAUGUGUCCUUAAUGGAGAUCAUCCAGCACCAGUUCAGUGUAUUCAAUUCAAUCCAAAAUAUAUGAUGUUGGCAUCUGCAUGUACCAAUAUGGCUUUCUGGUUACCAACAGUUGAUGAAACUGCAUAAGACUAAUCAGACCAAUAUAGGGCAAUGCUCUCAGAAAUUUAUUUAUUAUUGGUAUGGAAAUAAGCUGCAAACUACAGCAAAUGAACGAAAUGGUGGUCUAAAGCUCCUGGGUAUAUUGGUUGAAAGGAUAUCGCAUCUAUAAAGUAUACAAGAUAAAAGAACCGACGUAUGAGACGCCGGUACCGGUACGAACCCAAGGAGCAAAAGGAUCGCUAAAGAACAAGAAAAAUGGCUAUUACAUGAUAGCCAUGCUUCUUUGUACUUGCACUUGUGUGCUACAAAAUGGCACGUUUGGAGUACAUUAUACACUUUCUAUGUAUGUUGUCGUUGUCUUUGUCGUCUUCAUCGUCAUGCAUCCUAUGGCGCGAUGAACGCGACCAUUAUAAUACAUACCUUGUCACUGUUUAAAAUUGUGACAUACCAUCAUUUCUAUAACAUCUUAAAGUAUAUUAAAUACUGCUA